AAAAUGAGUUAUUGCGUACUGUAUAUUAACAUAAUUCUCGUUUUUUUUCGUGUAGAUAGGUCUCUCACCGAACGUAUUCAUAUCCUAUGGUCAUGGAUACGAAUAGAGAUGAUUGAAUUUAAUUUAUUCAAGACUUCUAUAAUACGUUAUGAUUCAUACGGAUUGACUACAUCAAGAAUAACGACUCGUAUCUAUCUUGUUGUUCUCUUUCUAUCGAUUACAAUUCUUACUAUAUAUAUAGCAUCGAAUGUUGAGAAACAAAUUGUAACUAUCAAAAAUCCUUCAAAAAUAGUUUAUGAAAAUUUAUUUAAAAAGUAUCCAUUAACAUUGAAAUGUCCAUGUAAUCAAAUAGUGAUACCCUAUGGUUCAUUUAUCUCAUUUUCACCUGAAUAUCAUCCGGUAUGUUCAAGUUUAUUUAUUUCCGAUGAAUGGAUCAUUUCAACACGUGGAAGAACUUCGGUUGAUAGAUAUCCUACAGUAAAAUUUGAAGAAUCUGGUCCAUAUUUUUUUAAUACAUUAGCUGCAUUAUGUUCAUUAACACAAAAUACUUUGUCUAAUGCUUGGCAAAUUUUUAAACGAUCAUCAUUGAUUACUGUUCAAGCAUUGUCCUAUGAAGAAUUAAAUGAUCGAUCCAAUGCAACAUUACAACAAUUUAUUCGAAAUACACUAGCUGAAUUUAAACGUAUUCGUAGAUUAAUUUCAACACAUAGUCAUAAUAUGUUCUUAGCAGAUUAUAAUACAAAAUUUUCUACUUCAUAUGUAAAUAAUAAUGAUACAUUUAUUGAAUUUUCUUCACUACCAAUGAUUAUUGAGAAUUGUUCAUGUGCAAUUAAUAAUGAAUGUAAAAAAUCGAUCGGUUUAUAUUCCUAUUAUGAUGAACAACUCAUAUUUGAAAUACCGAAUUUAUUUAUUAGUUGUUCAAUCAUUCAAGGUGUUCUAGAAUCAUCACUCGAAUGUUUUUUUAGUCAAUCCUGUUUAGAUAUUGUUCAAUGGUAUAUUAUAUCAACGGAAUCUAUAGAAAUACCUAUUCUAAAUGCGAGUAAUACUCGUUUUUUACCUGAAACACCUAUUGGCGUAUUACUCGAUUCACUUAUGGUAGAACAAUGGGGCCAUCAUAUUCAAUACGAUCAAUACUUUAAUCAAUGUGCAACAAAAUUGUGUUCAUAUACAUUUAUAUCACAUCCUAAUCCGUUAUCAUCCUCUCCGACUGAUCGAUCACAUACAAUGUCAACAUGGAAUAAUGAAUAUCAUAUUCGUACAGAAAUUCUUGAUACUCGUAUCUAUAUUCUUUGUCUUGGUAUUUCAAUAAUUAUUCUAAUCAUUUAUACAUUAUUAAUUAUUCAAACACAAUCGAUUAUCAUCAAUAAUCCAUCUUUAAUGCAAUUCGAACAUUUACAAAAAAAUUCGAAAUAUUCUUCUACAUUAAAUUGUCCAUGUCAAAAUAUUUCUAUUGAAUAUAAAUCAUUUAUUAAAAUAAAAAUGGAUUAUCAUCCAUUUUGUUCGAGUGAUUUUAUUUUAAAUUCAUCAAUAUGGCUUAAUCAAAUUUAUUUUUCUCAAGCUACUCUCAUUUAUUCCUAUAUCGAUUAUCGAUUAUUUAUUGUAUCUCAAUUUCAAUGGCUUAUUUCAUUAUGUACUUUAGCGAAUGAGACAUUAUCCGAUGAAUUAAUUCGUUUUUAUUCAAAUACAUUCAUUAGUAAACAUUUACAAUCACGUGAAAAUUUUGAACAACAAGUUAAUGUUACUAUUGUUCAAUUUCGUAUAUCAACACCACGAACAUUUUUACGUAUACUUGACACUAUACGAUCGAUAGCACAAGGUAAUAGUAUUGUUUCAUCGACAAUGUCGAAUUGGUAUUUUUUUGCAUUAAAUCGAAAUGUUGAAGGUGAUUCAUUGUGGAGUCAAUCACGAUUCUAUGGUGAGAAUAAUAAUUGUUCAUGUGCUACAAAUGCAAUGUGUACAUCACAGGCUACUAUUAAUGGAUCGAUUGUGCCUGGUUUUCGUGUCGGUUGUUAUGCACUUGAAGCUCUUCUUCAAUCGACUCUU